AUGAUACGCGACGCAGCACUGGAGAACAAAUUUCGAAAGCUGCCCAGUCUAACGUCGCCCAGAAACGACAAACGGGUGCCCAACCUGUCAUCAAAGGAGCUGACAAAGGAUCAGAUGCAGGUUUUACGACACGCAGCUUCGUUUAACACGGCUGACGCCAAACCUAUUAACAUGAUUGCAGCAGUGGAAUCAAUCCUUUGUCAGACGGAGGCAACGGAGGAGACUAAGAACCUCAUCCGACACCAAGUGUCGUCUCUCCUGAUGGCCCAUAGGCCGCGGGAAGUGCUUUCCAAGGUCGAACGUGAUGCGCUUAGAGAAUUCAAGGCCGACAAAGACCUGGUCAUCGUGCCAGCGGACAAAGGACGCGUCACAGUUGUACUGGACAGGACAGACUACCUUCAAAAAGCCAAAGAUUUACUGGAGGACCGACAGUUCUAUGUCCCAUUUGCAACGAAACCUUUAAAGACGCUGACACGCGAAAUUAAUGCUACGUUGUUGGCCUUGGAGAACUCAGGUGCAAUAACACCGACCGACAGACGCAUGGCGAGACCCCAAGAUACGGCUUUGGCCCGAUUCUAUGGUCUACCUAAGGUACACAAAGACGGUGCUCCUCUCCGACCCAUCGUGUCGCUCAAAGGGGCCCCAAAAUACGGACUGGCGAAGUGGCUGUUCCGGCGUCUCAAGUUCCUGACCGCUGAGUCAGACACCACGGUCUCUGCAUCAGCACAAUUCGUGGAGAAACUCAAAGGGGUAAGCAUAAUUUCAAAUGAGGUGAUGGUAACUUUUGAUGUUACAUCCAAUUUUACUUCUAUUCCCCAGGACCUGGCGAUCGGGACAAUUGAGCUGCUACUACAAAGAAAAUACGAUAAAACGGUGAACCGUUCUGGACACGCCCAAAUCCCUCAGCUCUUGAAGUACUGUCUCAGGACAUACUUCCCGUUCGAUGAGACAAUUUACGAACAGGUGAAGGACACACCGAUGGGUUAG